CUAUCUUUUCCCUCCACUCAUUCUCACUCGCUCACUCACCCGCUCACUCACUCUUGCCUUAGGAACGGUCUAUUCUAACCACGUUCUCACCUCUCAGGCUCCCACAGCCUCAGUCGAUCUCAACGACAAUAGCUGCCCCGUUCAGUCCCUCAAUUGACCCCAAACAAGGAAAAAAAAGAAAAGACACCGCUUUUGUUUUCCCUGCCGUGCUCUGGGCCUUGCGCCCAGCAGCACCAGGUGCGACAGGCACUCAAAAGUCGAAGGGCGCUUUCCAACUUCGUCACUGAUUGACUCACAUUCCGUCCACCGUCUCCGACCACGUCGCAGCUGAUUUUUUCGUUACUUCUUUUUUUAUUGUUUACUCUAUCCAAACACGGCUUGUUCGGGAAUCAUCGCUUCUCGCACAACCGCGUCCCCAACACAACAGCCGACCAUCGUUUCUAGUAGCGCACUACUUUCAGAGAUACCCGCGCUUUGUCUGGUCGUCGUCGAUAAUCGCUCACCCUUCACCCAACCAUCCUCGAUUGUGUUUCUACACUUGCUACUCUUGCGGUGCUCGUAGCCAAGUCGCGUCUGGACCCCGUUAUAAACAUCAUCCCCUCCACGGUCAACAUGGCAGAUCAACAACAGGCCACGGCACGGCCGAGCUCAGCCAACCCUCAUGACCCUGAGGCUACCGAUCCGGCCCUUUUGAAGGACAACUCGGAGAUCCGUGACUACAAGACCGAUCGCUUCACCUACUCCGGCAUCAGAACAUUCUACAAGCGGCAUCUUCAAGCCGACCAGUUACCCAAACCGCCUCUUCCUUUACUGGUCUUCAUCCACGGGCUAGGGGGCUCCGUAGCCCAGUUUCAUCCGCUGUUGACGAGCCUCGUUCACAUAUCGUCAUGCUUGGCCAUCGACCUGCCCGGAUGUGGCCGCUCCGAGUUUACCGAACAGGCAUGGGAUGCCUACACCCCGGAAGCCCUCGGGGAGUUGCUGGAGCUAAUUAUCGACGAGUACCGUCAGAAAGAGCCUGGCCGCAGCGUCGUCCUUAUCGGUCACAGUAUGGGUACGAUUAUGUGCGCACGCUUGGCGAGUCACAGCGUUAAUAACAAGACGAAGCUGCGGAAGUAUGUCGUUGGCUUGGUUGCCGUCUGUCCCCUGGCUGGUCCUCCAGCAGAAGAAAAGACAAAGAUUUUCCGCACCCUGCUAUGGAUUCCUGGUUGGCUCUUCGACCUUUGGAGGGCCUACGAUCGAUGGGGCGGUCCGCAAAGCGCUAGCGUCAGUCGGUUUGUAGGCCCGGAAGCCGAUCUCGAGCUACGCAAGCUUCAGGACCGUUUCAACAACCAGAGUCGGACCCCAGUCUGGCGCAGGAUGGCAUGGGGAUCACUCCCGAGAUACGAAAAUGGUAUCGCAAAAGGCGGCAUCCCUGGCAAGGAUGUGUGGGCCGGCGUCGACGUCCCCGUCUACUUGAUCGCUGGCGCGGAGGACAAGCUCACGCCCCCUAGCGAGGUCGACAAGAUUAGAGAGUGCCUGUCUGGAAAGGCGUCUCCGUCGACGGAAACCGGGUCUGAUGAUGAUUGGCACGAGACAACUGUCGAGGCUGUAACGUCAAGCAACACGUCGAAGGAUGCAGAGGACUACGGGCCCGAGAGCAUAGAUGACAUUCGAGACGAGGACUUCCAUCGCGAUCGUGAUCGUCGACCCAUCGAUGAUCCAGAAAACUCUCUCGAGGAUCCUUCUACACCACAAGAAUCACCAGCAAACGUCCCACCUCAGCCCCGACAUCCCACCAAGGUCGUAAGGUCCAUCAUCAUGCCUAGACCGGCCAACCACGCUCUGCUUUUCAACCCUGCCACUGUCCGGGUUCUCGCCGGUCUGAUCUCGGACUUUCUCGCCACCCACGUUACAGGUCGCUUUUCUCUCGGCUGGCAGCUACAGUACCUCUCGCGCGAGGGCAAGUGGGAUGUAAAGAAUUUGGCCAAGUGGAAGGGGGUGGUUCCUGUUUCCCACCCCAUCGGUCCCAAGGGCAAACCGGCGGUCUUCAGGGCAAUGAAAACCCUGCGUGAAGCGGAUGACAUACACUGUCCCACCGAGUUCGUCAAGAACUGGGGAGGCAUCAUUAAAGAUGUCAUCGACAUCAGCCACGACAAGCCGGUGUACGACCCACGGAGCAUGGAAAAAGGCGGUGUGCGAUACCACAAGUACGCGACGGUGUCCAAGAUCCCGCCCAAGGACGACGAAGUCGCCCAUUUUAUUUCACUGGUCGACAAGCUGCGGGAGCAGCAGAAGACAAGAGCCGAGCAGGAGAAGUGGACGGAGGUUGACGGUCAGACGCAGGUGAUUGGCGUCCAUUGCCACUACGGCUUCAACCGGACCGGGUACUUCAUUGUGUGCUACCUCGUCGAGCGGUGCGGGAUGACUGUGGGCGAGGCCAUUGAAGCAUUCAAAGCGGCAAGGCCCAACGGCAUUCGCCAUUACCACUUCAGGGAUCGGCUUCACAUGCGAUACUCGGGCCUGAAGCUGGAAGAAGACCAGCUGCAGGAGGAACGGCAGCAGCAGAUCGGACUGUGAGACUUGCUGUAUAGGGAUGGGUAUUGAAGGUCUCUCAUGAGGGUUUUUCUUCGAAA